AUGUACCGCGCUAUCUCGCUCGCUACGGCGUUGAUCGCCAGUGUUCGCGCGCAGCAGGCCUGCACCUCGACUCAAGAGACUCAUCCGCCCCUGACUUGGUCUAAGUGCACAUCCAGCGGCUGCACCGAGGUUUCCGGCUCGGUCGUCGUUGACGCCAACUGGCGAUGGACUCACACCGUCGAGGGUAGCACCAACUGCUACACUGGUAACAAGUGGGAUACAUCCAUCUGCCCCGACGGCAAGACUUGCGCUGAGAAGUGCUGCGUUGACGGCGCCGACUAUGCUGCCACCUAUGGUGUGACUACCAGCGGUGACCAGCUUAGCCUGAGCUUCGUCACCAAGGGAGCUUACGCUACCAAUGUGGGCAGCCGCCUGUAUCUCAUGGAGGACGACGAGACUUACCAGAUGUUCUCUCUGCUCGGCAACGAGUUUACCUUUGACGUCGAUGUCUCUCAGAUCAGCUGUGGUGUCAACGGUGCCCUGUACUUUGUCUCCAUGGACGAGGACGGUGGCAAGGCCAAGGCCGACGGCAACAAGGCUGGCGCAAAGUACGGCACCGGCUACUGUGAUGCUCAGUGUGCCCGCGAUGUCAAGUUCAUCAACGGCGAGGCCAACGUCGAGAACUGGACCCCCUCCGAGUCCGACCCCAACUCUGGAACUGGUAACCUCGGCGCUUGCUGCCCUGAGAUGGAUAUCUGGGAGGCCAACGACAUCUCUACUGCCUAUACUCCUCACCCUUGCAAGACCCUCACCUACCACACAUGCGAGGGCGACGACUGUGGCGGAACUUACUCCACCACCCGCUACGCCGGCACCUGCGACCCCGAUGGCUGUGACUUCAACCCCUUCCGCCAGGGCAACGAGACAUUCUACGGACCCGGCUCUGAGUUUACUGUCGACACCACCAAGAAGGUCACUGUUGUUACUCAGUUCAUCAAGGGAACCAGCGGUGGUCUCUCUGAGAUUAAGCGCUUCUACGUCCAGAACGGCAAGGUCAUUGGCAACCCCGAAUCCAAGGUCGCCAGCAACCCCGGUAACUCUGUCACUGAGGAGUUCUGCUCUGCCCAGAAGAAGGCCUUUGGCGAUGAUGAUGACUUUGUUGCCAAGGGUGGAUUCUCUCAGAUGAGCGAUGCUCUUGCUGCCCCCAUGGUCCUGACCAUGAGUCUGUGGGACGACCACAAGGCCAACCUUCUCUGGCUCGACUCGACCUACCCCGUUGACUCUACUGGCGCUGGAUCCAAGCGCGGAACUUGCUCUACUGACUCUGGUGUCCCCAAGGAGGUCGAAGCCGAGGCUCCCAACUCCAAGGUCAGCUUCUCCAACAUCAAGUUCGGUCCCAUCGGCACCACCUUCGAGGGUGGCGACUCUGCAAGCUCCGGUUCCGGUUCCAGUUCCACCUCCCCCAGCAAGGCCCCUUCCAGCGGUUCCGACUCUUCCUCUGCUGCUGGUGCCUACCAGCGAUGUGGUGGCCAGGGUUGGACUGGCGCAACCACCUGCGUUUCUGGUUACACCUGCAAGGAGCAGAACACCUGGUACUCCCAGUGCGUCGCCUCUGCCUAA